AUGCUUAGCACGAUUUUUGGUUGGAACAAGGAGGUUGAUGACCUUGUGCGAGAUGAGAUGAGCCGCCACCCUCAGGGCUCGCCUAGCAGAAUUCUUCUGGCGAAGUGGCUCGGUGACAUUGAUCCGGAUAUCAUCACCACCAGCUCCGAGAACAUGACUUCUUCUGAUUGGAUGCUUUUGGCCUUGAGUGGCAUUGGCGGACAAGCUUCGCAGCACAAGCUUGGCCGUGCCUACAUUCAACGACUACUUGAACAUGGCGAUGUCCAUGCUGCAGCAACAAUUAUGAUUGGCAUGGGUGACCAUACCGACGCUGUUGAGAUUUAUAUCUCGCACAAGAAGUUCUUGGAGGCGCUAAUUCUGACCUGCUUGUUCUUCCCGUCCGUCUGGGAACGACAAGCCCAGAUCAUCAAGAAAUGGGGCAGUUGGGCUGUACAGCACGGUCAUCAACAACUGGCCAUACGAUGGUGA